AUGCAGCGACCGGUUUGGGCUUGCACCAUCAAAGUUUCGGUCGCGGCAAUGUCAGAAGACCCUGCAGCUCAUCCUACCCUCUCUUUCACGUCGAGAAUCCCUCUUUCCCUUUCCCCGGGCAAAGCCACACUUUACGUUCACACAUCUAAUGCCAUGUACUAUACUGAUAGUGACUUGUUUUGCCUGCCCAAAAAGCCUAAGGUCAAGCGAAUAAUUAUACAGCGGGGAACAAAUAAAAUAUUUACGAAAAUCUUGCGUCAACUAUUUAACGAGCAUGAAGAAUCUGAGGGAGGGAUCUAUUUUGUCAUGGAUAUAUAA